AUGGCUACCAGAGUCCAGGUCGAGACGCCGACCAUGUCUAUCACGAAACCCCGGCCCGUCGUGGCCGUCGAAGAGAUUCGAGGCCAUGAGGAACCAAGCAUUCUGGUCCUAUACGAACGAGAUCAAGAACACAUCGUUGCAGAGAUAGCCGGUGUGCUAGGCCAACAGUGGUGUCUUGUUGGUGCUGAAGACAAGAAUGCUUCGCCAGUCGAUGGUACUGUCAUCGGUAUAUCUGACGCUUACGACCUAUCACGAGUUCAGAGAUGGCGUGGUUCCAGUACUGUCCUGGCAACUCACUGUCUAGACGCACCCAAUCCGGCAGUCGGUUCUAGAUCCUCUAUCUGCGACUAUGAGUAUUUGUACACAACCAAGCCGUUCUUUAGGCGAGAUUUGGCCAGGUUCCUUUCUUUCAUUCUAGGCCAGAUCAACCCACACAAGGACCUUGCGAAGAAGGCAAAAACAACUUUGAUCUCCACAACCUUUCCUGAUGUUCAUGCUGCUUUGCCGAAUCUCGACAUUCUCUCAGUUGGUGCCGACGCCAUAGAGCUUCGUGUUGACCUUCUGAAAGAGACCAAGUCUGACGGCUCCUUCAACGAAGUCCCUAGCUUGCAGUAUGUCGGUGAGCAACUCAUGACUCUACGCCAACGAACAGAGCUGCCCAUCAUAUUCACUACUCGCUGCACGAAAGAGAAUGGCCGUUUCCCUAUGGAAGAUCCUAAGUUAUUCUAUGACUACUUGUACCGAGCUGUCCAAUGGGGCUGUGAGUAUAUCGACGUUGAGCUCUGGCUUCCUGAGGAACUAAGACGUAAGCUCGCUUCUCAAAAAGGAAACAGCAAAAUCAUCUCCGCCUUCCACGACUUCUCUGGUAACUUCAAGUGGACCUCGCCCGACGCGCAGCGGUUGUUCGAACAAGGAGCUGUUUACGGAGACGUCGUGAAGAUGAUCGCUCUCGUCAGCACCAUGCAAGAGAAUUACGAGUUGGAGUACUUCCGGUCCAUAAUUCAGAGUACCUAUCCCUACCCGCCAUUCUCUGGACUGAAUAUGGGUCCAAUGGGCCAACUUUCUAGAGCUCUCAACAAGAUUUUCACGCCGAUAACGCAUCCGUUGUUGCCUCUGAUUGCUGCACCAGGACAGCUCAGCGCUGCCGAGAUCAACUCUGCCCUCCACUCCAUGGGUCAAAUGCCAAAGCUCGACAUGUAUUGCUUCGGUAGCAUGCGCGCCACAGGGCAAGCCAUGUUCUUCGAAAAAUGUAUCAACGAGUUAAGUUUACCACACCAGCUUGUUUGUGUUGAACAAAGCUCCCAAGAUGGUCUGGCCGCUGUAGUCAAGGUGCCACACUUUGGAGGCGCCUACAUCAAUCCUCCAAUUGCCGCAUCGGCACCCUGUCUUCCAUCGAUAUCAGACGCAGCAGCUUCCAUUGGCCAGAUCGACACUGUGGUCGCUCGUUCCGAUGGUGACAAGACAAGUCUCGUAGGCGAGAAUGCGACUUGGAAGGGAAUUCGAGCAACCCUUUGCCGUGACUUUGUCCCCUCAGCAUAUAGCGGACAAGCUGCGUUGCUGCUCGCUAGUCAAGAGUCUCAAGCUGCGGCUGCAAUAUUUGCUCUACGCAGUCUAAACAUUGGUCCGAUCUACACCAUCGGCUUCAAGGUUCAGGGACCCUUGUCUGGGUUCGUCACCCCUUUUAGAGGACUAGAGGAUGUCAAAAAGGUCGAGCAGCCUUCGGUAAUCAUCUCAGCUCUUCGGGCAGACAAAUCACUCUUGGUCACGCCUCUGCUAAAGCACUACGGAAGCACCAAACAAGAGCUGCGAAGUGCUGCAAGGGUCUUCCUUGACCUGAGCAAUGGACCUCGAAAAGGCGAUCCAGUCGCGCUUGCCGAAACACAGGGCUGGACCGCAUACGGCAUCGCCGACGUCAAUGCAUGGACGACAGUCGAAACACUGAGGCUUUUGGUAGGACAAAAUGUGCCCUAUGACUUCGUGCGGCUUGCGGCUGGACGCAGUAUCUAUUAG